AUGCCUAGGAGCACUCCCAAAGAUUUCUUUCUUUCCAUUCCAUGCCACCGUCUUCCGAAACCAACACCUCCUAGUGAUCAACGUUCUGUAACCGUCAGAGCAAUCAGUGACGACAGCUCGUUGUCGUUCAACAACGCAGUCUCAGUGACCGUCAAAUCUAGUCCUUCUCUUGUGCUCAUCCAGACCGACAAACCCAUUUACGUACAGAAUGACGAAGUCAACAUCCGAGUGGCUGUUCUUGGCUGCAACUUUGUUCCUUGCUGUAGAAUCGAUAAAGAGUGCAUGUGCGACGUUCUUCUCGACAUUAAGAAUCCACAAAAUAUUAUAAUUGAUCGAUUGACCAUCAAGCCAUGCGUUUCUCGAUCUCAAGAAAUGAUAAAGAGACGAAAUUUUAGCUUGGGGUUAACUCCUAUUCAAGGAGAUUGGUCUAUUGUUGCUAAACGAAGCUGUGAUGACACUGUGAUAUCCGAGACAAGCUUUGAAGUGAAGAACUACGAGUGUGACGCAUACACGUAUAUCUGUUUGAGUUUUAUCAAGUUAGUAUUCAUUUUAGUCCUUCCACGCUUUGAUGUCGUCGUCAGAUCACCAGGAUUUGUGAAGACAGCUGAUGAGAAUAUCUGGAUUAAUGUGGCAGCCAAGUAUACUUACAACAAAGGAGUCGUUGGAAGUUUACGUGUGCAACUCGGUAUUUGGAAUGAAACAUCUGAAUCUGCCAACGUUUUCUAUAGCAAUAGCUUUAUUCUGCGACCCAAGGAUUUAGGAAUAAAGAAGAUGACAUUUUCUAAUAUAGGAUACGAUGAGUUUCCAAUUGGUAAACGAUUGUCUGUGUUUGCUGAAGUAACUGAGAAGGCUAGUGGCAUCAAAGCUAGCGCGUUUGACAACAACGCAGUGUUUACGGACAAUCCUAUCAAGCUCGACUGUGACCUCAUGCCGCCAUACUACAAACCAAACGUCACUCUACAGAUGCAGAUUCGUGCUCGUUAUCCAAAAAUGGCGAUAGUGCAGAAGGCGUGUUGGUUACGGCCUCUUAUGAGGGUGAAGGCAAGAGAUCAGAAGUUAGGAGUCGAUUGCAAAUUUAAGAAAUUUUGUUCUGCCUGCACUGGCCUCUUCUCUGUCAGACCAAAGUCGAUUGGAAAGGAGAGGAUUGGAGGAUUUGCUGACUUUGAAAUAAUCAAGUCAAACUCAGACAACGAGAUUUUGCCAAUUACUGUACUUGUAGUUGCCAGAGGGAGCAUUCAGUCUUCACAACACUUUUCUAGUAAGCCAGGUCAGAUCACUACCUUCCAGGUGAAGGUCACUCCUCAGCUGGCUGAUCGUUUCUGCGUCGUUGCUUACUAUUUGAAACGUUGCAAUUGGCACAAACAGGUCAUUUCUGACGUUGCCUGUGUGGACACCGACAAACAGUGUGCAAACGAGAUAUCUCUUAGGUUAUCAAAACCACAAGUAGAACCUGGUUCGCUAGUCAAGCUUGACAUCAAUGUGGAUUGUCCAUUUUCGGAUGUUGCUCUUCUUGCUGUGGACAAGGGAUUGUAUAUUCUCAACAACGAAAGCAAACUGACUCGCGAAAAGAUGUUUAAAAGUUUGGAUAGCUGCUCGAGCUCAUGUGGUCACACUUUGGCAAGCUCAGAUGGUAUAUUUGACGUAGCAGGACUGACUGCGAUUUCACAAACUGAGCUGAAUCCUCAGUGCAGCUGUUGUUCACGAUCCUGCCGUUCUACUUGCCUUAGACCAGUUCAUAUUAUAAUGCUAUUUUCUGUCUUUUUCUUGGUAGAUGAUGAAUGUGCAGCAAAGCGUGAAAAACGUUCUGAUGCACUUGUUUUAGAAAUUGAUAAAUUUAUCCUUCUUUGCUCGAUACUAGCUGAUAACCCUUGUCCCGAGCUUCAUCAGCGUAUUCGAGAUAAGGGUAUUUGGACUAUGCCGAAGCAGAGAUAUGAUUUCUGUUUGAUGGAGUACAAGGAAAUGCUCAAAGGAUCAUUGCUUUUUAAUGUCACAAGUGAAAAAGAAGCUCAUGAACAGUAUGCUUGCUGCCUUGGAAACUUAAGGGCAAAAGCCAAUAUUCCAUCUGAAUUCAAUGACAUUUUUGAAAGCUCUGAUGGACUAUCAUUUAGAAGGAGGACUUCAUUUCCUCACGUCUGGUUGCAAGACAAAGUCAUUACAAAUGGUGAUUCGAAAACAGUCAGUCAUGAUCUUGCAGUUCCUGAUUCGAUCACUACAUGGUCUAUCUACGGUUUGGCUCAAUGUUGUAAAACUGGAUUUUGUGUGUCGGAACCAGUUGAGCUGACUGUUUUCAGACCAAUAUUCGCGGAAUGUCAUUUACCAUAUUCGUUUAAGCGUCAAGAGCAGGUGUCUGUAACUUGUUCUGUAUACAACCACAAUUCAAACCCACAAAGAGCUUGUCUUCAAAUUGUGAAUCCACCCGACAAUCUUUGCACAUCUGCGGGUACCGGAAAGGCGACGACUCCUGUUUGCUUUUUGAUCGACGCUCAGGACACACGCUCGGUAUCCAUCCCUUUGUUGCCUCUUGAAGUGGGCACCACAAAGUUGACUGUAAAAAUGAAGUCAGCGUUCGGAAAUGAAGAAGUAGAAAUGAAAAUCAAAGUUGAACCUGAAGAAGUUAGACGAGAUUAUGAUUAUCGAGCUGAGCUAGAUCCACAAGGUGUCAACAGGGCUGAUCCUGGAGGAUGCAAUCUUGAUCCACCCCAAGAUGCCAGAAUUGGAAAAUGCUUCAAAUCGUUUACUCACAAUGACAAGUGCGAAAAUCCUAUUGAUGGCAACUUUACAAAGGAGCAGUGUUGUAGUGGACAGAUAAGAAAGUCCUCAGUAGCUUUCAGUGAUGGGAACAAAUGUGAAUUGUGUCCGUCAAAAAUAGGUAAAUAUUUUUCCAUUGAUGAAGACAUCGACGGUAAAGUUGACGCAAGAGAAGGAAUCCAGUCUCUAGUUAGACAACCGGGAGGAAGCGGAGAACAGAAUAUGCUGAACUUUGCUCCAACCUGUGCAGUUGUUUCGUUCUUGCACGCCACCAAUGCGACUAUCAACAGCCAUCAUCGCGAAACUCUGAGACAAGGUUACCAGUACCAGAUGACGUUUCGAAAAUCAGACGGAGGAUUUGCAAUGUAUCCGCGUCCAGAGUACGUGUCGACAACUUUCUUGACCUCUUACGUACUUGCGACUGUGUGUCGUGCACGUCACUUUAUUCAAGUUGAUUCUCGCGUGGUUUCUGACGCGUUUUCUUUUCUUGAAUCCCGUCGGAUGGCUUCGGGACAGUUUGACUCCAAGAAACGUAGUUACAACACUAGACAGCUUGGUAGCGACGACAACGUAUACAGGACUGCUUACACGGUUAUGAGCGUCUUGGAAUGCUGUCUUCCCAACGAAGAAGCAAGAUUGAGAUCCAGCGUAUGUCCUUCUGUCACUUACAUACUAAACGAACUUCGAGCUGAUCGAGCUUGCAAGAACUCGGCUUGCAGUGUCUGUAAUGAUGAGAACGUGUGCGAUUUGAGAAUUAUUGACAAUCUGGGACGUGAUCUGUUUAGAGAAGCAAUUAUCAACGAGGAAGGUUCAAGGUAUUGGGAUGAAAAAGACUUUGGUUACAACAGAAGUAUUUCAUAUUACAAGCGGCCUCAAUCCUACGCCGUGGAAAUGACUUCUUUCAUUCUUCAAGCUUGUCUCAUUACCAAAGAUUGCAAAUGCGCAGCAUCUGCUGCUAAGUGGUUAAAUAGCGAUACAGUUAUAGGCUUGAACGCUUUGUCUGCAUUUACUGCUGGUUGUCAAAUCGCCGUCCUUCAUCCUCCCAAUCUUUGUGUAAGAGUAACACAACUAAAUAACCCGGAUGUGGAGUUUGCCAAUUUCAAGAUCAAUCGGUCAAACGCAGCCCUUAUACAACGUAUUCAGGUACCAAUCAAUAACGUGUACCGAGUAGAGACAUGUGGUACAGGUCUUGCACAAUCAAUGGUUCACGUUCAAUACAACGUUCCUUCGACCGGAUAUGAACAGUGUGCGUUCCAUAUAACAACAUACGCGUCUUCAAACAGUGAGGACGGUAACCGCGAGGCAGAAAUUGGCUUUUGCGUUCGACACUUGGGUGAUGGUUGCACCGGUAUGGCUAAUGUUGAAGUAGAAUUGCCAACUGGAUAUGAAGCAUGCAAUAGGUCGUCAACUGACGAGGCUGAUCCUCUCUGUCUUAGUGAUAUACAGUCAUUAGAAGGUGCAAAUAUGAAGCUGGAUUAUUACGAAAUCAACAGCAAAGCGGUUGUUUUCUACUUUGAAGAGCUCUGCAGCACUGAGAGUAUUUGCAUCAAAUUCAAAGCGUACAGAAAGUUUGAAGUCAUGCGUUCUCUGCCUGUCAGUAUCAAAGCCUAUGAUUACUACCAACCAGCUAUAGCAUGCACCGAGUUCUACACUUUAGACGGCAACAGUUCCGAGUUCUACACUUUAGACGGCAACAGUUCCGAGCUGUCUGCAAUUUGUGAUGACAACCAAGAGAGUAGUAACUCACCAAUCUGUGUGUGCGGAGCAGGACGAUGCCCUGUUCUUGGAACAAUAGAGAACAGAGCUUGCAAUGCUUGCGCUUACCACCAUUACGUAUAUAAAGUUCGUGUGCUAGCAGUACAAAAAAGCAAUGGAUGGUCACAGAUCAUAGUCACCGUCAUGGAUAUUUUGAAGCCUGGGAAUGUGGAUCUGAACAUCUCCGAGAACAUCAUGCUUUGGCUUCCUGAAGUCUGCACCCUGAAAGUCGAUCUUCGAGUUGGUAACGACUACCAUGUUCAAGGAUUGGAUGGACCAAAGUUUGUGCUCGAUCACAACUCUCACAUCGAGCAGUGGCCUCGGACAACCUUUAGUGAAUGCAGAGAAAUCGAAAAAGAGGCUUGCAUCAGUAACAAAUGUAAGAAAAUCAAGAAUCCAAAGCGAAACUUGAAUUGUAAGAAGAAAAAGAAGAACAAGUGCAAAGAUGAAGCUGAACAAAAAUGCAAAAAAAUUAAAGAAUUUCGUGAUUACGUCAAGAGCCUCAAAGAAGGUCGUAUCUGUGAAGGAAAGGACAUAUGCUAA